CAUCUGAAAUACUCAUUAAAAAACCUGGUUAACCGGUACCGACCCUCACAUGCCUUAUACCCGUCGGACCCCCGGACCAGAGCCACGAUCGACAGACUUCUUCAGUUUGAUUUGGGAUCUCUUUACCGAAGUAUUUCUGAUUAUGUGAGUCCCAUAUUCUUCGGCAAAGCCAUGGAUGGCCUCAAAGAAGACAAACUGAAGGAAACGCUCGACUUAUUCGACUCAAUGGCAGCCAAAGAGCGGUUCCUCUGCGGCGAACGGUACCGACCCUCACAUGCCUUAUACCCGUCGGACCCCCGGACCAGAGCCACGAUCGACAGACUUCUUCAGUUUGAUUUGGGAUCUCUUUACCGAAGUAUUUCUGAUUAUGUGAGUCCCUUAUUCUUCGGCAAAGCCAUGGAUGGCCUCAAAGAAGACAAACUGAAGGAAACGCUCGACUUAUUCGACUCAAUGGUAGCCAAAGAGCGGUUCCUCUGCGGUGACGACCUGUCUUUGGCCGACAUCUCGAUCAUCGCCGGUCUGUCACUACUGGAGGCCACGGACUACCCGUUGAGCCGUUGGAUGAAUGCUUGCAAAUGGAUGGACGGAGUGAAGGAUCGGCUCAAAGACUUCUACGAAGAGAUCAACGCAAAGGCCAUCGAAAACACGCGACAAUACGUGGAGUUCUUGAGAGAUAAACGAGACAUCAAAACAGACAUCAAACCCGAUAAAUAA